GCUGUAUAUAUAUAUACACAAACCGGAUUUGCCAUCUCCACAUCAUUGCAUUCAGUUUUUAUUCACAAUUUGUUUAGUGUCCCAACUUUUUUGGAAUCCGGUUUGUGUAUAUAUAUAUUUUUCCUGAAACACAGAACUGCAUACCCUACUCCAUACGGUACUCUAAUAUGAUAGGACAUAAAUUUUUCUACCUUUUGCAACAAUUUGUUUGCCAGGGAGUGUCGAAGGCGGCAUUGUGGAAGGUUGAAGAGAAGUGUGAGAGCCGAGUCGCUCUUCUCAGGUUCCCACAGUGACCUUUUUACAUGGAUGAAAUACAUACAUAGGUUCUCACAAGGCUUACAAAUGCGACAGGUGGACAUGAUCCAAGAUGGAAUAACAAAGAGCACCAGGACCCUCUCUAUGAUGUCCAACAAACUCAAGCAAAUGUGCGUCAAAAGUCUGCGAAAGUUUCGCAAAAAGAAAGGACAGAAAGUGGGGGGAGCUGACAUCAUUGUUCAGAUUGAUGAGAGCAAGUUCUGCCACAAGCGAAAGUAUGGCAAAGGUCGCUAUGGAAACACUUGGAGGAGGAAGAGAACGUGGGUAUUUGGAAUGCUUGAAAUAAGGCCACACCUCAAGCGUCCCAUACUCCGCCUGGUCAAAAAAAGAGACAAAAACACACUGAUCCCGAUCAUCAGAAAACAUGUUAAGCCUACGACUCUUGUAGUAAGCGAUGACUGGAGAGCUUACUCAAGCCUAAAAGAGGAAGGAUAUCGGCAUGUAAGGGUUAACCACAGUCAAAACUACAUCGACCCGAUUUCAGGUCUGCACACACAAAACAUCGAGAGGGCAUGGCAGACAUACAAAAAGGAGGUUUGGCAUAUGAGAGCCAACAGGUCUGAGAAAUCUUUAAGAAAGCAUCUCUGCUUCAUAGAGUGGACAUACUGGUUGGGCAGAAUGCACAAAUAUGGGGUGCUUGGUAGACUUUUUAAAGACAUCAGAUGUGCAUAGAGCAAAAAGGUAAUUCAGUAUACUGUUUUUGAUAUUUCAGUAAUGUGUAUGUUUUGUUUUAUUGGCUGUUUGACCUGUAAUUCUGAAAUGGUUUAAAAAUGACUGUAGUAAUGUGAUAUAUAUAUAUAUAUAUAUAUAUAUAUAUAU